AUGGAAACUGAAGAUUUUGAUAGCGAACAACUAAAUGAAUCGUCCAUUAAUGAUGAGUCAGAUGAAGUUAGAUAUGUGCCAUUCUAUUCUAGUCCUGGAAACUCUGAUAAUGAAGAAAAAAUUCUCCAAAAUGAUUUUUCGGAUGAAUCAAUAGAUGAUGAACCCAUACUCAAUAUUAAAAUUCAACCAAAGCCUAUUUUAAAGAACUCUAAGGUUGCAUUUCAAAAAUCUAUCACUUCAAAACCAAAAAUUCCGGAAGUAGAUUCACAAAUUUCAUUAAUUACAAACUCUAAACUCUUAGAUUCACAAGAAGUUCCAGUUAAAUGGCUUUCUUUCUAUAAUGAAGUACAAAAUGCUAAAAUGCAAGCUUUAUCUUACCUUGAUCCAGAAGAAAAAGUUAAUUUCAUGAAGAAAAACCAUAUAGAAUUCAAUAACUAUGUGCCAAAGCGCAAUUCUAAUUCGAUUAGCAGCAUUAGAACAUCGAAAUUAUCUGAAAACCGCAAAACGCCUCUCAAGGGCAUAAUUCCAAAUAAUUCAAACUCAUCCCUUAAUCAAGAUGAUAAUGAUCUUGAUAGUAGCGGUCUUAUUGAAAGUCUUUACAAUAAUUUACGAAAUUUAGAUAAUAGCGGAAGUGAUGAUGACAAAGGAUUCAAAAUUAUGCUUUCUGAUUAA